UCAGUGAGGUGGCUGGUGGAAUAAAGGAGUCUUUCGCUCAGGAGCGGGAGCAGAGGUACGGGGAGAAUUAACUGUAGUGUAGACCGUAAUCUCGUUACAUAACCUUUUCGUCCGUUCAUACACGUUAAUCCGUUUCUCCUCAGAGCGAAAACACUUGUGGCGUUUGUCACAGCGAGGGACCUCAGAUACAUUUCAGCUUUUUUCAAAAUGAGGACAAACAUUCAUUUUAUUGAGCCACUAGAAUAAAUUAAUCUUCCUCAUAGUGUAAAUGCUUCUGUCCUUAAGUAUGUCCAGCAGUGUGGUGAUGACGAUCCGUUGACGCGGUAUCCAACAGAACGCCAGGGAAGAGAGAGAGAGAGAGAGAGAGAGAGAGGAAUCAAGGCGACAUAGCACAAGACUCACCUUGUUUGGGUUUCAAAGCCGAAGCAGAAUAAUAUUUUCAAAGAUAUCCAAGCGCCUCUGCAGACAUGGAGGGGGCGAGUUUGGCACACGGGGUCGCGAGCCCGUUAAGCCCGCGCGAGGGCAUGAUCAAGAACGUGAGCCUGGAGUCGCUCCAGCUGUGCGAGAGAGACGGUAAGGCUGAGGAUCCCGGAGUGGUAGGAAUGGAGUUACCCGUUGCUCGCAACAUUAAGAUCAGUAACAUCACCUGCGACUCCUUUAAGAUCUGCUGGGAUAUGGACCCUCACACCACAGAGAAGAUCACACAUUACUUCAUUGACCUUAACAAGAAGGCGAACAAGAACUCCAACAAAUUCAAACACAAGGAUGUGCCUACGAAGCUUGUUGCUAAGGCAGUCCCGUUGCCCAUGACAGUGCGAGGCCAUUGGUUCCUGAGUCCACGGACAGAAUACACAGUUGCUGUGCAAAUAGCAUCCAAACAGACGGAUGGAGACUACGCUGUAUCAGAAUGGAGUGACAUUGUUGAAUUUUGUACAGCAGAUUAUUCCUCGGUGCAUUUGACGCAGCUGUUGCAGAAGGCUGAAGUCAUCGCUGGCAGGAUGCUCAAGUUCUCUGUCUUUUACCGGAAUCAGCACGAGGAAUACUUCCAACACUGCAGAGAUGUUCUUGGCAGUCGAAUGAUGCCCUCGGUAAAGGAUAACAGCGGUAGUCACGGUUCACCUCUCAGCGGUAAACUGGAGGGGAUCUUCUUCAGCUGCAACACUGAGUUUAACACAGGUCAGCCGCCACAGGAUUCCCCAUAUGGCCGCUUCCGCUUCCAGAUUCCCGCAGAGAUUCUGUUCAACCCUGAUACGCGCCUCUACUUCGGGGACUUCUACUGCAUGUACACUGCCUAUCAUUAUGUCAUCCUCGUCCUGGCUCCCCGGGGCUCGCACGGAGACCUUUACUGCAGAGAUCGCCUUCCGGAGCUGGAUGUGACGAACAACCGCUUUCUGACACGUGUCUGCGGGGAGGAUGGGCGGGUGGUGUUUCAGCAUGCACAGGAUGUGAUUCUGGAGCUGAUUUAUACUGAGCCGGUGCCGCUGGCACAGGGGACUGUCUCUCAGAUCAGCGGCCACCAGUUGAUGAGCUUGUCAACUGUGAAUGCUAAGAAAGACCCCAGCUGCAAGACCUGCAACAUCAGCGUUGGGCGCUAACUUGGGUGAACAUUCACACACAGACCCAAUUGUGCAUAUGACAAGAAGACCUCCUGAACACCUUUGAAUGCUAUGUUACAAAACAAGAUACAGAUGCACUCCAAGACAAAAUGAGCCCAGAAUCCUUUCAGAUAUGCCCACGUAGCACUCAAAACCCUUUGGGGUGGACCUCACAGACCCCCAACUAAUGCUAAAAAAUUAUAUCUUUGUUCAAUGAACUAAGAAGUGUUAUAAAAAGGGCAAAAGAAAAAAAAAGAAUAAGAAAAAAAAAAUAAAGUUUUGAAUUGAGAAAAGAUUGAGAACAAAGAGUAAAGCUAAAUUUCCAAAACUUUUAAUCCCACUGUGAAAUUUUCAUGUGUUUUGGUGCUUUUUCUGAUUGUUAUUCAGACCCCAGCUCUAUUUAUCUCCAAACCAUUUGUGACUUUUUUUUUUUUAACACACAGUGACUUUCAGACAGGUAUGUCUUGCUCAGUUUCCGCUGAGGCUGUCAAGCUGCCCGUCUCUCUUAUGUUGGACUUGUGCUGCAUGAAGUCUGAUCCUUUAAGCAUCUACAUGCCACCUCAGCCUUUAAACCUUCUAUAGAGAUUUUCUUCAUUUACACAGAUAGAUCCUGUGGUCUGCGUGUCCACUGAGCCCCUAUUCACCCAUGCCAUCCCCCUCUGAGGACUUCUUCUGCAUGUAUACUGCCUAGCAUUACAUUAUCUUGAUGGAUGUUACAAAAAACAAAUGCUUUAAGAGUUUUAUGCCAACUGAUCCUUUAAGCACCUACAUGCCACCUCCGCCUUUUAAACCUUCUCCUUUAUCCUCAAUCUUUUCAUUUUCUACUCUGAUCGCAGUUCUCCUUUAACGUUUCUUACUCUUAAACAUGGUUAUUUUGAUGUUCUUGUUUUGUUUUUAGAGACUGUGUGAUGCAGUAUUGAUGGUGUAUGAUGAUUCCUGAUAGAACAUCAAGCAGUAAGUAGAAAUGAUUUGUAUACAACACAUCCUAAACAUAUCCACUGGACAUAUCCACAGCUAUGUCCAGGUUCUUGAGGAGUUUGCACUGUUCUAUCAGAGACUGAUGGUUUCGCUCUUGCACCCUCUGCUGGUGAAAAUUCAAAUUUCACAGAUGCAUGUCUAGAAUUUUGUGCUGUUCUCUAUCUGAACUUGUUACUUACUCCUUAAGAUCCAAAAAUAGAAGCCAAUCACAUCAGAUAUGGAUGCACACUAUUUAUUUUUUAUUUUUUUUGAGAACUUUUAGAGGUCAGUAUCCUAAAUACUAAAGUCAACAUGUAGCUUUUGCUCAAAAAAAGAAAAAGAAAAAAAGAAAAUAAUACUUUUUUUUUGUUCACUUUGAUAAAUUCCACACUGUAUGUACUCAUACUGUUCAAACGUCUGGAAGCAUACCAAUGCUCUGUUUUAUUAGAUUGACAAUUCUGCAGUAUUAUAAUACAGUAAUAUUAUGAAACAUUAUUACAUUAUUUUUAUCUGAAUAUAUUUUAAAAUGUAAUUUAUUCCUGUGAUGACAAAGUUGAAUUUCAGCAUCCAUUACUUCAGUUUUCAGUCUCACAUCAUCCUUCAGAAAUCAGAAGAAGCAUUUAUUAUUAUGGACAAUGUUGAAAACAGUUGUUGAAACAGUGAUGCCUUUUUUUAAAGGAUUUUCAGAUUUGUUUCCCCAGCAUUUAUUUGAAAUAGAAAUCUAUUUAAAAUAAUCCAUUUCAUUAUUGUAAUUUUUUAAGUAUUAAUUUAUUUUUCGAAAAAUCUAACUAACCCAAACUUUUGAACAGUAGUGGAAAAAAUGUAAAGCCCAGUCAGUGUGUUUUGUGUUUUCUAAGAGUUCUGAUUAUAUAUGAGUGUGUGUGUGAUUGUGUUUUUAUGCAUGUUUUGUCUGUAUAAGUAAGUGUGAGAGCUGUUUAGAUUCGAGUUUGGUGUGUCAGCUGGAAAUAUGACUGUUUGACUGAUAUAGCAGCACCUGUUCACUCAAUUCUAAAAUAGAGGAAGUCUGUCAUACCCCUGUGCACUUCAUUAGUGAAGAAGGGAUGAAAAAGGAACAAAAAAAAUAUUUACUCAUUCUGUACACAUUCAUGACUUUUAUUGCCUUACUCUAAUACGCUGUAGAAAAAUGUUAGUUCAUAUUUGGACUUAUGCACAGGACAGUAUCCCAAAUCAAGUUCUCGCUGUGUGAAUGUGCCUCAGAAUGACAGACAUGUUGAGUAAAUAUUGUUAUUCUUGUUGCCAUGUUUAUGAAUACCAAAUGUGACAUUAAAGACCAUUCAAAUUGA